AUGGGUCACGUAGCUCUCCCCACGGGAGUUUCGCUCCCCUCUUCCCUGGAUCAAGCCAGGAUACCUCGCCUUCCGGCCACUGCGUACUACAUCGCAGAUUUCAUAAGUGAAGAGGAAGAGCGUCUCAUUCUGGACAAGCUCACGGUGAACAAGAUCUCAGGCGCGCCGAAGCCUAAGUGGAAGCAACUCUCCCAUCGACGUCUACAGACAUGGCCAUCCGACUUGGUCCAAGACAGGCUCCUCGACGCCCCUCUGCCAGCUUGGCUCAACGAACCCGUGGUGUCGCGGUUGCUCUCAAUUCCUCUUGCCGGUCACGACAGCUCCGCCCAUCUCUUCGCCUUGAGCCCGCAUAAACGCCCAAACCAUGUCCUGAUCAACGAGUAUCCCCCAGGGAUAGGCAUUAUGCCGCACAAAGACGGGGCGGCCUACCACCCGGUCGUCUGCACUGUCAGCUUGGGAGCCAGUCUUUGUCUCAACAUAUAUUCAAGCAAAGAGGACGGUGCCCUCAACCCUGAACCAGCUCACAGAAUACUACAGGAGCCCCGAAGCCUUCUCAUCACAACGGGCGACCUGUACACCCAAUAUCUGCAUGGCAUUGCCGAUGUUCAGGCAGACAUUGAUCUUUCCCCCGAGACUGUCAGCAACUGGGAUAUGUUACGGACGCCAGAAGAUUUUGCUCAUGGUGACAAUCAACGGUCGACCCGAACAAGCUUGACAUAUCGAGAUGUUCUGAAGGUUUCGAAGCUCGGAAACAACAUCGGUAAAUUUCUCAAGCGUUGA